CGAAAUCUUUCAGAUUGACUUUAAAACGUGAUCAGCGCAUUGAAGUUUGUGCUUUUGAUAAAAGAAGCGCUUGAAAAACUAUUACUUAAAUUAUUUUUGAGUGAUUAGUUAUAUAUCUAAUUAGGAAUAUAAAGAAUCGGGAGAAUGUAUUGGUUCCGCGCGUCGACAAUAAUUGUUUUGCUUUUGUUUGUGUUCGCCGCGAAUGCUUCAUCAAUCGAAGUUAAUACUCUGACUUUUAAUGGCGUUUGUGAGGAGAAGGGCGGAGAUUGGUGCACACUAAAAUGUCAAAUUGCAGGCGGGCGCGACGGCAUUUGCAACAAAGCAAAAAUUUGUAAUUGCAGGCAAAUGUAAGCCGAAUGCUCCAUCGAAUCGAAAUUCUUAUUUAUAUCAGUUAGCCCAUACUUUGGACAUACGUAAACCUGUUUAUAAGUCAAUAAAUCAGUCAUCGUAAAUAUCUAUUUACAAAUGAA